UAGGCAGCAGCGAUAUAUAAAGGGGGCUGUUAGCCGCAUUUGUACAGUUGAAAAAGACAUGCUUAGGUAUCAACAGUGAAGCAGGUAGCUGGUAAAAAGAUUUGAAAACACAAAUAGAAAUGCAUUAAGGAACGUUUUUACAUUUUAUAGCCGUCGCUUUGUCCGUAAAAUGGAAUACAUCAUCUCCUGAAAAGCGUCUUUAUUCCUGUUUUAGAUAGCUAAUUCGUUGCUCGAAUAAAAUUUCUCAAGAUAAAAACAACAGUGUCUCGCAACGCCACGAGGAAAACAUUUGGUCCUGACCAUUUAACAUCAUGACAAGGUAUAACUUUUUAUUGUGCUUAACGGUUCUUAUUUCUUUGGGACUGUCCGGGAGCGAUGAGCCGGACCUCUUUCUGCCCCCAGUGAGCGAGAUGUCCUCGGAUUCUGGAGUCUCUCUUUUUGAUGUGGAGGAUGCGGACUCUCCUGAGUGUUCCGCGUGCGUUUGGAGAGAACAGAGCAAAGUCUUACGGCUGGAAACAAUCAAAUCACAAAUCCUUAGCAAACUGCGCUUAAAACAAGCGCCCAACAUCAGCAGAGAGGUGGUUAAUCAGCUUCUUCCCAAAGCACCUCCGCUGCAACAGCUCCUGGACCAUCAUGACUUCCAGGGGGACGCAUCCUCCCUAGAUGAUUUCUUGGACGCCGAUGAGUAUCACGCCACCACCGAGUCUGUCAUCACCAUGGCCUCAGAGCCUGAACCUCUGGUGCAGGUGGAUGGGAAACCCAGCUGUUGUUUCUUCAAGUUCAGUCCAAAACUGAUGUUUACCAAGGUCCUGAAAGCCCAGCUGUGGGUUUAUCUGCGGCCACUACAGCAAACUUCCACUGUUUACCUACAGAUCCUUCGCCUUAAACCUAUCACUGAGCAAGGAAGCAGACACAUCCGCAUCCGGUCACUCAAGAUCGAGCUCAAUUCUCAAGCGGGUCAUUGGCAGAGCAUUGAUUUCAAACAUGUGUUGCAGAACUGGUUCAAGCAGCCCCAUACAAACUGGGGCAUUGAUAUAAACGCCUAUGACGAGAGUGGCAACGACCUGGCUGUGACGUCUCUGCGGCCUGGAGAAGAAGGACUGCAGCCGUUCCUGGAGGUCAAGGUUCUUGAAACCACCAAGCGAUCACGAAGGAAUCUGGGUCUUGACUGUGAUGAACACUCCACAGAAUCCCGCUGUUGUCGCUACCCACUCACAGUUGACUUUGAAGCUUUUGGCUGGGACUGGAUCAUUGCACCUAAACGUUACAAGGCAAACUACUGCUCAGGCCAGUGUGAGUACAUGUUCAUGCAGAAGUACCCACAUACUCAUCUGGUGCAGCAUGCUAAUCCCAGAGGCUCAGCAGGGCCAUGCUGCACACCCACAAAGAUGUCGCCAAUAAACAUGCUCUACUUCAAUGAUAAACAGCAGAUAAUCCAUGGCAAAAUCCCAGGAAUGGUGGUGGACCGUUGUGGCUGUUCAUAG